AUGUGCUACGAGAGGCAGACGCUCAGCUUCUUCACGGACGCUAAGGCGGAGAAUGGGAGAGCCUGGAUCGGGGGUCCUUGGUUCUCGCUGCAAGUCACUAGAAAGUGGGCUCCCUGGGCAUUUGCGAAGAAGGACCCCAACAAGGUGAUCGCCGCCCUGGAGCUGCUGGGGACCCUGGUGGCCGUGAAGCUCUGGGUCCCAGAAGGGGAAGCUAGAAAAGCUUCGAGAGUAGCACUGAGAGGCUACACGGACAACAAGUCGAAUGAAGCUCUGCUACGCAAGGCCAUGACGACCAAGUUCCCAUCCAUGCUGAUCUUGAUGGAGCUAGCCGAGGAGCUAGCUGCAAAGAACUGUGAGCUUCAGCUACAGUGGAUCCGUAGGGACAUGAAUCAACUAGCAGAUGAUCUCACAAAUGAGAACUUUGCUAGCUUCGACCCCUAG